UUUUUUCCUUUCCUACUUUCUUCGACCGGAGUCAAUCCUGGUUUUCCUUGAGACAUCAAUUUCUCUCUAUCUUCUAUCCAUAUUUUCUAUCCUCUGGCUUCUUCUUAAACAAGUCCAACGAACGAGAUGUCGUUGCCUCUCUCUCGUGGAAUGAAGGGCGUCACUUGCCUGACCAAGGACGCUAUAGAGGUGGAAAUGCGGAGGAUGCAUAAAAACAUGCAAAAUCCUGGCCUGCAGUCCAAGGAAUACUACCCGGACAUCAACGAGACUGCCUUCACAGGAGGGAUGCAGCCAGCUAGCGGGAUUCAAGCAGGUAUGUUUGUUUUUACCUUUUUGGUGGGGGAAGUCAAGGUACUAGAGUCUUUCAGGCUAUUUCGGCUUGGAGAUAUGGCCUGAUUAGGGGAACUCAAGCAGGUGUGUUUGUUUUGACGUUUUCGUUGGGCGAAGUCAUAAGUACGCGAUAAACUACUGGAAUCGACAUAAUUUUUGAGCUGGAGGCAGAAGUGGAGUUCAACUUCUAUGUGUAUGCUCGUUCUUGAAUACCUGGUAGCCAAGAACGAGCAUACACUAGUGCAAUUCAAGUCUCAUCAAACUACAUUCUUUUCAUCACUCCCUAAUAUCUCUCCUCACAUAAAACACCACCACAACAGAAAUGGUACCUCCCCUGCAUUGGUCAGUGGACGAGCAGGUGAACGCGAACCCACCACCAGUGGAUGUUUUAAGUGAUAAUGAGAAAACGACACCUCCCCAAAAGUUGCGAAGUCCUCCAAGUUCCAAGAGGUCUAUCAUGUCUACACGAUUCUGCAUCGAUGGCUCCGAAGAUACGGGAGCGCCAAUGAAAAGAAACGUCACCGACUCCAUGCGCGAUCUAGACCACAUGAAAUCGCAUCUACACAAACUCAGUGUCGAAAGUGCGAAGGUACUUCUCGUUUGAACCUAUAUUAUCGAUUGAGCUUAUUGAUUGCCGUUGACCUCACUUACUUUGACGUUGUAUGCAGCUCAGCGACGGUGUGCACCCAUACUCAACAGAAUUUUGGAAAUACACACUUCUCAAGCAUCCACCCCACUCAUUUUCCUCACAGAUGGCCGAGCGUGAUCGCAUCGGCAUUGGUCAUGACGUCAGUGGUCCUGUUCCGCCUAUCGUGACUCAAGCCGUAAUGCCGAUCCACCAAGUUGGGCGGCCAGACCCCUCUAUCCCUAGGAACAACGCCGUCUAUUUGCCUCAGUUCGGUCCGGAUUUGAUCCCGAGAGGCGUAGGAAUCAAGCCGUCGGGCCAGAAAGGGUUUGGAGUGACCAUGUACCAUCAACUGUCGGCAGAUGAGGUGACGGAACGAAAGUGGGCUGCCAUCGCUGAGCACGAAGCGCGAAUGAGAGGCGUCACAGAAACGAUGGCCGCCAGAGGCACAUCGGCUCCACAAGAAAGUUUCCGCGCAAACUUUCGUGCCCAUUUGCUCUCAGAUCUGGGUAACGCAGGUCGACUCGUCAUCGGAGGUGGAAGCCCCCAGCGCAGUGUUAGCCCAACUCACUUUCGUGCUUCGGCAGGAGCUAGUGAACUGGAAGCAGCUGAUGUCAUGAUGAAGAUGCGGGGAAGCAAGAUUGCAGUGCCUGCAAUGAAAAGACCCGUGGAGAAAGGUAUGGCCAGCGGGGUUCACGUGCUUCGCGGUGCGGCUAGAGCACACAGCGCGAGUCUAUUGGCGAAGGCAGCAGGUUUAGGCGUUCUGGGAAUUUCCGGUAGUCCUUCGCACUCCAAGAGCCCCUCAAGAAGUAACGCCGGGUCGUUGUCUCCUGCAGCAAGGGACCGGGGAACUGGUGGAGGCGGAGUUUCUUCACCAAAUAUUCAUAAGCUACAAGCCGACAAGAGCGCACCUACGAGUCCAACGUUUCCUAAUAGUUGUGCUACUGUUAAGACUUCUACACGAAAUGCAUCUUCCCAUUCCCAAGCAUCUUGAUUCCGUUUGUCACAACGCGAAACGAGCACCAAGAUGCCCACCAAGAUGGGUUUCACUCGUCUUAGUUCUAAUGAUGGAGGUUCGUCUCCAGUCAAUACAAGAACUCAGCAGGCUCCGGAAGAUUUGAUGUCCAACGGCGAAAUUGCAAAACGCUUUUUUGGCUAUGGGCGUGAACAUGCUGCGGACGUGGUUGCACGAAAACGACGAGAACACCUAUUGGGAAUGGAUAUUACAGUUAUGGAUGGAUAGACCUAGAAGGCUGAGAUUGUUGUUUUACUUCUCGAACGAGUUAGAAAACAGGAAGUAGGUUACUUACAUUGUCUACUGGGAGAAGGACAGUGCUAUACUGUCUGUUAGUCAUUCAGUCAGUGGUGAUUCUUUAUCAUUAUCUUUUCUGACAGAUUUUUUUUAGUCAACAAGGUCGUCUGUUUCACCAUGCAGCAAUCAAUCAAUCAAUCAGUCAUCUCUGUAUCUAUCAAUUACAACAUCUGCUCUGUAUCACACUUAAAACAAGCAGAAGCACUUCUAACAACAACCAAACCGCCCAAUCUCUGAAUUGGUGGGAGGAGGACGCUGCUUUGAUUCGCAAGGACCCAGAAAUUUUUGGUUGUCUCAAACAACUAGCCGACUUCUAUUUGGGCGAAGGACUCACGCUGUCUGGCAUGCCUCGAUCCCUGGAACCUACCGUAGCGAAAUUGGCUGGGGCACUGAACAAAGACUCUCUCCAACCGGAAGUCUCCAUUGGCGUGACGUCGUCACAGGUCCAUAAAAUCAGAAAGAUGGCAGAGUGCAUGCGCUUACUGGGCAAGAAGAACAACAACACGGACGCACGGAUUGUGUCGCUGAUUUUGAAGAUAACGUGCACUUAUGGAUGCAAAAUUUCAUACAUUAGAAGUUGCUUACUUCAUCUUCAUGCUCAUUUGGAAGGAUGAGGUUUAGAUUUUUGCAGCAGACGGUCAGAUCAUUGUAAUAUUGACUCGAAAUAAUGAGAGGUUCCUUAAGAUGAAUUUAGAGCUCGGUCUCUUCGAGCUCACAAAAAGCGCCUAAAGCUAAAAUGUGAUUGACCCUUCCUUUUUCCAUUCCCAACAAAACUUCCCCGCCUCUUCUCCCACUUCUAAUAUCCACGACUCUUAAAAAGAGGUGCCCAACAGGGAAUUCAGUUCUCGCAUGUCCUCAAAUGCCUGCAGAGGAUUGCAAUAGAGGUCAGCGACAGUCGAAACCAUAAUGUCGACGGCUGUCAAGGUGUAGAAGUGAGUCCGAGACUGAUCGGUCUCUUUGCACAACUUGCACAUGAAGUACGAAGGCUGAACACCGAAGCAGUGAGCGCGGCGCUUAGCUCUCACGAUCAACUGUUGGCGCCAGAUAGCAUGCAAUCGAUAAAAGUCCUAGCGGAGGAGAUGGCCAAGAAGUCGGAUGAAAUCACUGGGAAAGAACUCUAUCAAAAAGUACUACUAGAUUUUAGAAUCUGUGUGAAGAUCUCGAAUUACUCAUCUCCAAUCAAUUUCAUAACAUUGAGUGUCGUCCUACUACAGCAACUCAUUCUUCACAGUCUAGAUUCUUCAUCUUCUUCAUCAUAGCUAGCCUAAUAUCCGUCACUGUAACUAGCCUAAAAAACUACUUUUGUGUCUCUCUUUCCUCACUUUUAGGCAUGGAAAGCGAAGAUCGAUGCCGUAUUCGACGAGAUGGACAAGGACGGUUCCGGCUUCGUAUCCCGCGACGAACUCGAAAAAAUGUACAAACCCAAAGUCGCAGAUCGUACCAAGUUAAGGCUUUCCACCAAAUUUCAUAAGAUCAAAUACAUCUGCUCUGGGGUCGUUACAACUUUAAUCUAUAGUAUUACAUAUUCCAGUACUAAACCAUCCCUGGAUUUUUGUUUCUCGAAGAGAAUAACCUCCUCUAACCAAGAAAUUCCUCGUAGAGGAAAUGCUAGAACGCGCUGAUGCAUCGGGAGACAAGAGGAUUUCCUACGCAGAAUGGAUCUGCUACUUGAGUCAGGCGGAAUCGAGCGGAAAGUAUUCAAUUGAGGAGUUGCAGGUUGAGUUGGGGUUUUUCCUGAAGGGCACGGGAGCAAGCAGACUAGAAAGCUUAGGUACUAUGGCGGCUUGAUGAUUACGCGGAAGGCUAGAUGAUAGCCUAGAUACUAUGGCGGCUAGAAAGCCUCGAUACCUACGGGGAAGGUUUGUCUGUAUUGAAAAUAGAAGAGCCUAGAUGAAAUGAACAAGCUCAUUGUACUAGAGUUGAAAAUAACUCGACAAGGGAAGGUGUGUGAAAAUCAUUACGAUGAGCAAGUAAAACAAUGUUCAUUGCAGGACGUACAUAAUGCACGUGAUGGAUCCAUUUGAAAAAUUUGUUUUGAGCUAGAUGUGUCUGAGGAGUGAGGACCGUUGUAAGAUAUGCUAAACUGAUUUCUUUGUAUUUAAUCAAGUAAAAAAUUGUAACUGUAAAAUAUGUGAGGCCACUUUAGAUACCGGGAGAUGUGAAUCGUUACUCUUUGAUAUAAUUUGGGGACAAAUGGCACAUAUUAUUAAGAGCUCGGCAUGACAUUUUAAGCAUUCGAUUCGGAAAAAAAAACACAAAAAUGUACCAUGCAUUGGCACUACCACUGGGUAAAAUUGUCAUUUUUUUUUUAACCAUUGACGUCACUAAAUUCAACAUUGGCUUUCAGAAUGAACGGGCAUUUUCGGACUCUGAAUUUGACUGCAAUACUUGUAUCUCUAUCUCCUUCCAGACGUCAGCGAUGUACAGAAGGGGACUUGAAGAUUGACUUUAUGACGCAUAGCAAUUGCCGUACGCCCAUCGGCUAAAGCCUUGUGGACCGAUAUCACUAAUCUCGCAGUCGAAGAUUUUGUCGCG